UAUGUAAUACCAAUUGUAAUAUCUCAUUUUGUUAAGUCAUAUGCUUUCACUUAUGUUAGUCUGUAAUGUUGGAAUGCAAAUUUAAAAAAACAAAAUGCAAAUAAUUGUAUGCAAAUACGACAAUGUGAUGUCAGUUCAUUUCUGAAACAUGAUCACUGUGUCCUUCUAGCGGAUGUGAACGAACAAACAUGUAAUUAAAGUAACAAACACUUACUUGCAUAUAUAAGCUAUUACAUGAAACAGCAAUUAAACAUAAAUGCAUUUAUUUUUAUUUCAUUUCAUACUGUCAAUAAACAUCCUUUUGUGAAGAAUGGAGAUCUGAUGCGUCAACAUGUGAGGUCAUGUCAGUUUUGUUUCUGUAAGUCCUGCCCAUCAUAAACCAGUCAAACAAGUCAAGAAACACAUCAUAACCACACCGAACCAGAAAACAUGUCCAACGAAGGAGCAAACGGUGUUCGCAAUGUUCAGAGUCACCUGAGGCAAAGGUCAAACAGAGACUCAGAUAAGAGUAAAGAAAGACCUGCAGAAACUGAUAGUAAACCCUCUCCAGCACCGAAUGAACUGCGCCUGGUUCUGCUGGGAAAAACAGGAGCAGGGAAAAGCUCGACAGGAAACACCAUCCUGGGAAACAAACGCUUUGACGAUGGAUUGAGCAUGAGCUCGGUCACAAAAGAGUGCAAGAAAGAAUGUGCGACGGUGGAGGAACGAGAGCUGGUUCUUGUGGACACACCUGAUUUUUUUGACACAGAUCAAACACUUCAGAAACUAGAACAAUGCCUGGCUUUGUGUUCUCCAGGUCCUCAUGCGUUUCUGCUCGUCGUACCGAUAGAGCGAUACACAGAGGAGCAGCAGCGCACCAUAGACAUGAUUCUGGAGAUGUUUCAUGAGGACGUCUCUCAUCACACCAUCCUCAUAUUCUCCCACGCGGAUAGACUUGGGGGAGAAUCCAUUGAAGAGUUUAUUUCAAAAGAAAAAAAUCAAAAAGUCCAGGAGCUCGUGGAGAGAUUUGGGAGGCGUUUCGUGGCCUUCGACAACACAACAAACCGAGAUCAGGUGAGUCGACUCCUGCAGGAAGUGGAUAAGCUGCUGGCCAUGAAUGAGAACCGUCACCUCACCUGUCAAAUAUCAGAGGAUACCAGGAGAAUAAUAGAAGAGAAAAAACAAGCUGAAAUUGCUGAAAGAAAGAGGAAAAUCAAGAAUGAUAUCAGGAAACUGGCUAAUGUUCGUAGGGCUGCGUUCACUGCGUCCAUUAAUGAAGAGAGGCAAGAAACAGAGAGAAAAAGGAAACGCAUACAAGACAGGAUUGAUCAGAUAGAAGCGGAUAUGAACAAGGAAGAGCGGAAUGUACGACCGAUCCCAGCGAGACUGAAACGGUUCAGAGCAUCUCUGAAGAGAGAGAGGGAGAACAUGAGAAGGCUGCUGAACAGAGAGAUGGAGGAGGAGAAGGAGAGAAUGGAAAGAAAAGAGAUAGAAAAGAAGGACCUGGAAAUCUGGAAGAAAGAAGAGGAGCAGAGGAGACUGAGUGAAGAAGGGCAGAACAAUGAACGUUCUUCAGAUCACAAUGAGAAAACAUUUUGUAGGAUGUUUUUCCUGGGGUUAGUGGUUGGAUUUGUACUUGCAUUCUCAGCAUUUACAAUCAUUGAUCUCCUGCUAAAAUCAUCUAAAAGCUGUACAGAUCAUCAGCAGGACUCUUGGUUUCAUAAGAUCUUGCGCAGUAUUCAGUGAUUCAUUCAUGAUUAAGAACCAGCACGAGUUCUCAAAUCAAGCUUUAUUAUAGACUUCAUCAUCAUCCUUGGGUCCAAAGUAUUUUUCUCAAUUCCUCCUCAGGGAUUCCAAAGAAUUGAACCAAACCAACCAGAUCUGAGAUCAAUCCCAACAUGAUGAACAUUUGAUCUGAAGAAAAAUUGGAGAAAAACAAGUUUAUAAAAUCUUUUUUUAUAAAUUCAAGAACUACUUAUUCAGUGACUGGAUGGCAAGAGUCUGUCUGUCUUUUCAUCCAUCAGUCAAUCCCUUCCUUCAUCCAUUCAUUGUCCAUCCAUCAAUAAAUUUCUCCUAUUGAGCCUAUUUUCAAAAAAAGUGGAGUGUUCCUUUAAAACUAAGCAAUCAUGUCUCAUUUCCACAACUUGGGAAUACACAGCCCUAUAUAAAUGUAAAGGGCUAUUCAGACAUCCAGUGGCUACAGUAUGGUAUUACAGAUUAUUUUUUAGUCCUUUGAUAAAGAAAGUGUUUUCGUAGCUGGAAGGCAGAGUUUGCACUGUACAACCAGGUUGUUUGCAUUUUCUUCUUUGAAAACAAAAUAGCAGUCAUAUUUAUACAGUUAAAUAGCAGAAUAUUUCUGCGUAGUUUGCACGCCAUUGAGUGUGCGGGGUGGUGCGAGUCAUUAUCUGCAGGUAUGUUAUGCUUGGGUUGACGAGGCAGUAAUUUCUAUUUUUAAUGUAACAUGUCUUAUGUUUUACUAGUGACAUGGGGGCCAUGGGGUGUUGCAGCAGGCUUUGUGGGCGCCGUUAGAUGUUGUAAACCUUCCUUUUGAGCAAUACGACUUACUAUUAUCUGCCUGCGGUAAUGAAUGCCUGAACUGAAACGUUUCCGGACGGAUUGGAUUGUCUCUUUCUCUCUCAGUGUGGAUCUCUUUGACCGUUCUGCUGCUGCAUACCAGAUGAUGCAUGUGCUGCGGCUCUGCAGGUAACACUAAUUCAUGUCAUCUUGAUGACCGGAACAAUAGAGCGUUCGAACUUUAGUGAUCUGAGGAUUUGAAGGGGGUAAUUAGUGGCGAAAAGCUACAUGUUUGUCACUACUACUUUUGGUACAUGCCUUUUUUUUUUUUUUUUUUUUUUUUAUCAAUUUCACACAUCCUUGCUGAAUAAAAGUAUUGAUUUCUUUCAAAAAAAAAAAAAAAAAAAAAAAGGAAAAAAUUACUGACCCCAAAAUUUUGACUGGUAGUGUAUAUUGUUACAAAAGAUUUCUAUUUUAAGUAAAUGCUGUUUACAUUUUUAUUCAUCAAAGAAUCCUGAAAAAAAGUAUCACAGGUUAUAAAAAAUAUUAAGCAGCACAACUGUUUCCAACAUUGAUAACUGAGUAACAAAUUAGCAUAUUAGAAUAACUUCUGAAGGAUCAUGUGACACUGAAGACUGGAGUAAUGAUGUUGAAAAUUCAGCUUUGAAUUACAAAAAUAAAUUAUAUUUUAAUGUAUAUUAAAAUAGAAAACCAUUUUAAAUUGUGGUUAUAUUUCACAAUAUUACUGUUUUUUCUGUAUUUUUGAUCAGAUGUGUAUGUUAUGGACUGGGUGAAUGCACAGCGCAUGCAGGGGGUGUGGCCUCAAUAUCCCUGCAGUUAGUAGUGUGCUGUGUGAAUGUCAGGGUAAAAAUUCUACUGAAAUUGCAUUAAAUCUGGUUGUUUUAACCAAAAUUAUGCUGCAA